GGCUGCUUGGCCGUGGCCCUGUGUUUUCUGAAUUUGGCUUCACCGUCAGUUGCGGAAGCGAUGUGGAGUUUGUGGCAACUGUUGCUCGUUGUGUCGCUUUUGAUGUUGGGCCUCUACUGUUGCUACAUUAAAUCAGUCCAUGUAAAAUACGAUUACAUCCCCGGCGCCCCAAGGGAGAGUUUUUUCUUUGGUCACUUGCCAAUCAUUUGGAGAAUGGUGAAAAACAAGGAAAUGUUGUAUGAUCUCUUUCUGAAGUGGGCAGAGAAAUAUGGACCAGUUUUACGUUUUAAUGCUUUUCACAGAGUCUCAUUACUAAUAUUAAGUCCUGAAGGAGUAAAGGAAUAUCUGAUGUCACCACAGUAUCCAAAGGACCGAAUUUUAUACGGCCAACUUUACAAUAUGUUUGGUGUAAGAUUUUUAGGAAAUGGCUUGGGAACUGAUCGUGACUAUAAUCAUUGGCACAAGCAGCGAAGAAUUAUGGAUCCAGCAUUUAGUCGGAAUUACUUGAUUGGUUUGAUGGGGACCUUUAAUGACCAAGCAGAAGACCUCAUGAAGGUGCUGAAUGAAAAAGCAGAUGGAGAGACUGAGGUGGAUGUGAUGAGCCUGCUCAGACGGGUGGCACUGGACAUCGUUGCAAAGGUGGCAUUUGGCCUGGAACUGAACACUCUGCACUCUGACCAAACACCUUUUCCCCGUGCAGUAACCAUGGUCAUGGAAGGGUUGAGCAAGGCACGAAAUCCACUGUUCCGGUAUCUGCCGAGGAAUAGGAAAGUGGUGCAGGAGGUUCGUGAAAGUGUCAGAUUGCUGCGUCGUACUGGGAAGGAGUGUAUCGCACAAAGGCGCAGGGCCAUCCAGAAUGAAGAACCUGUCCCGUUAGAUAUUCUCACCCAGAUAUUGAAAGGUGCAGAACAGGAGGAAUCUGAUGAUGAAAAUAUGGUGGACAACUUUGUCACCUUUUUUGUUGCAGGUCACGAGACCACUGCCAGCCAGUUGUCUUUUACCCUCAUGGAAUUAGCACGGCGCCCAGAAAUAGUUGCAAAACUUCAGGAUGAAGUCGAUGAUGUCAUUGGGGUGAAGAGGGACAUUGCCUAUAAAGAUCUGGGGAAACUGGAAUAUUUAUCACAGGUUCUCAAAGAAAUCCUACGGUUAUAUCCACCAGUUCCAGGCACUAUGCGCUGGACAGAGAAGAAAAAUGUAAUUGAAGGAAUCGACAUUCCAGCAAACACCACCCUGAUUUUCAGUACAUAUAUCAUGGGACGCAUGGAAAGAUGUUUCAAGGAUGCUCUGACCUUUGAUCCUGAUCGAUUUAGCAAAGACAAAUCAAGGCCUUAUUUCUCCUAUUUCCCAUUUUCCCUGGGACCUCGUUCAUGUAUUGGACAGUUAUUUGCCCAGAUGGAGGCUAAAGUGCUGAUGGCCAAGUUUCUGCAGAGGUUUGAAUUUGAGCUGGUUCCACCACAGAGCUUUAAAGUUCUAGACAUGGGAACCUUGAGGCCACUUGAUGGUGUAACGUGCAGACUGAAACCACGGCAUCAGUUUAGUUUUUAAAAAGAUGAAAUAUUAUCCUUGAGGUAUUUAUGUUCACAAUGUCUUUUGAAACUGAACUAGGGUAUAUUAAAGAGCAUUUCAAGUCAGCAGUGGAAAGGCUGGUUAUGGA